AUGAGAAGGCAUGGUUUUUCUUCUAGUUCAAGCAGUAGUUCUUGGACUAAUAAUUUUCCAGUCCAAAAAUGUCGGUGUAGUGAAGAAGAGCUUCCAUUCAAGACAUCUUGGACAAAAAACAAUCCCGGAAGAAGAUAUUGGGCAUGCCCAAAUUACGGGACAAGAGAAUUUUGUGGAUUUUACAAGUGGCUAGAUUCGGAAAUGUGUGCUCGUUCCAAACAAAUAAUACCCGGACUGCUUUCAAAAUUGAACAACCUUGAGGAUGAGCUCAAUGAUUUCAUGAUAAGAGAAAGGAAACUGGAAGCUGAAUUGAGGGAAGCCAAUAGCAAGAGGAUUACUAUGGAAAAACAACUAGAUGUAUUGAAAAAUGAAAAGAAAAAUUUCAUUGUAAAACUAGGAGUCUUCUUUCUAGUUGUAGUUGUUGUGUUCUAUGUACUAAAUAGCCAAAAUUAG